AUGAAGUUGUUUCUGCCUCAGGUUAUGGUGAUGCUGGUGAUGGUGGUGGUGGUGGUGAUGGUGGUGGGGGCAACCCACGCCAGACCAGCUGACUCCCGCAUCCAGACACACCCAGAUGCGCCGCCCGUCUACAGCUACCAGUACGGCGUCGUGGACGCUGAGAGCGGCAACGACUUCGGCCACGAGGAGGCGCGCGACCACGCCUCCACCAGCGGUCGCUACUACGUCCUCCUCCCCGACGGACGGGUGCAGACGGUGCUGUACUCCGUCAACGGCGAGGACGGCUUCGUCGCCGAUGUCUCCUACGCCAAGCGCCGCCGCUGA